GAUUGCGCUUAAAUUUAAGUCUGAGCAGUGGUGAAGGGCACAGUUCGCUUUGGAUUUACACCUAAACAGUACCUUCCAGAGCGCAAGCUGAUGUCUGUUUGGAUCUGUGGUUAUUAGGCUGAUAUUUCCAACAUCUCAGUUUUGCAGAUUGAAACCUUUUUUUGCAACCGGAGGACGAAACUGUGCCACGUUGGAGCUUUCCGAUGCGCAUCAAGGCAGGAUACAAUAGGUUAUUCAUACGGGAGGUUUAUUCUUCUCCUGAGUACUUGUCCUCGCAUAGCAUUAGUCAAAUAUAAACAGCUGGUGUAUGUGUUUAUAAAUCGCUUAAUCAACCUUCUUGCAGCUGGUGUGUGGAGAACAAAUUGCCAUAAGGCGUCCACCUCCCAGCGCGCACAAAUUCCUCUGAUGUGGAUCUGCCACACUUUGUCAAGCUUUUGUAUGGCUAAAGCAGGUGAUUUCUUACCGACAGGAUACAGUGUGAGGAGUUGAGUUUUUAUUGUUUCUGUCUUUAACGACUCUUACCACCACAAUACCAAUGACGACUGAGAAUAAUGAGAUGGAGAGCGACUCGCAGCUCCAGCGCUCUUCAGGCACAAUGUCCAUCCAACCGAUGACAUUUAAGCUACAGAGGCUAAAACGCUCCUUGUCCUUCAAGAACCUCAUGCGCAGUAAGAGUGUGGAGAACUUCUUCCAAAGGUCCUACAGUGAUGCUCGCCUGCCCCCGGAUUUCAUCUCAGACCCACCACCUCCUUCUCCCCCUCUUCUGCCUGGCUCUCCUGUCGUCAGCGACCGCUCACCAUCGAUUUCACCUUCUCUCAGCCCCAACCCCUCCAUCGCCUCACACUCCCCCUCUCUCAGCCUUUCCCCUUCACUGCCCACCAAACCUCCUCGACCUCAGAUUAACCACUGUUUCCAGGACCACGUCUUUCGCAAGCCCACCAACUGCCAGCACUGCAAGCAUAUGAUAGUGGGAAACUCCAAACAAGCUCUGCGGUGUAAAACGUGCAAGAUGGCAGCUCACCUGUGGUGUACCUCAGAAUUAUCACAGCAGCUGUGUCAUGGGAAGUCUGGAGCUUUCAAGCGAAACUUCAGCUCGCCGAUACUCGUCAGUGACCAAUUGGCUGUCGUCAAGGAAGUUCAUCCAAGUCAAGAGGCUGUACGGGCGCGUGUAGACCCGGUGUAUGCUGCCUUACGCUACGGGACCUCCUUGGCACAGAUGAAUCGGUCCAGUUUUGGCAGUUUGUCAGAGUCACCGACACGCAGCCUGGGGGAGGGAGGUGAUGAGAAGCAGCAGAGACAGUGCAGCAUGGAGGAGGAGAUAACUCAGGAGAUAGGGGGUAAACACUGCUACAUCCCUGCCCCUGACACUGAAAUCAAGAAGGAGGAAGAUGAGAGCUGCAGUCAAGCACAGUCACCUGCAGAGGAGAGCAGCAUGAAGGUGCCCAAACGCAUUGAAGUCCAUUCCAUCCACACCUAUGUAGCACUCUACAAGUUUCUGCCUCAGGAACCGAAUGACCUGCAACUCCAUCCCGGUGAUCGGGUGCAGGUCACUGAUGACUCUAAUGAGGAGUGGUGGAAGUGGCGGGUCAUCCAAGGUGUUCCUGGCAACCGAGACAGAGGGCACAUGGCUGUGAGGGAAUCCCAGAUCUGUGUGGGGAAGCGAGAAGAUGGCGAGAUGUUUCUGAAGCUGAGCAGUGGAAAGAAGAGAGGGCUGGUCCCAGCUGACUCCAUAGAGGAGAUCUGAGCCUCCAUUCUUCCACCUCUGCUUCUCGCAGGGACACAGCCAUCCUAGAACUGAACUCUCUCCCCAUCUUCUCCUGGAAACAAACGCAUCAGACUUAAACCAAACUGGACAGAAAGCAUUACAUGAUCUGGAACCACACCCACAGUGAAGGCAUGGUUUCCAGCUGAGUUGGUUUUCUGUUAGUCUUUAAUCAAGUGUAAAGUUGUGCAGUAAUCCUGCUGUUAGAAAGGAACUGUUUCUCAGCAGUCUAGCUGUUUCUGUGGGUUUAUCUUUUCAACUACAAGUCAAUGUUUAGUUAGAUGAGUCAAAAAUGCUUUAAUUAAAUUUGCUUGUCGAAUGCUGGUUCACAUUUAGUAUUUUCUCAUCAAAAAGCUGUCUAUCAGUGUGGGAGGAGGCUGAACCCUGUCAAGGGAACAUGAUGCUUCUGUCAAUGUCCUUUUCUUGUUUCUACCCACUCCGUAUUUCUCAUCGCUGCCUGCUCAUGUCACGGUAUCAAGCCUGGGAAUGAUAUGGGCUUCAUGCAGACUGCUACGCAACAUGAGGCGCUCGCCAAGUACGACCACUGCCAGCCAGAGAAUGCUACUGCCAUAAAGACAGACAGGGGGAUCAGAUGAAAGGAGAGCACACAAUUCAAAACCGCUCAGCAGUGUCAGGCUGGGAUGGAACUGUACUUGUCAACUUGAGAGUGCAGAAAGGUUUUCAAAGGGAAAUUGGAGGGGCUGGGGAUCUUUUCACAGGGAAAAAACUUAUUCAGUAAACAAUUACUAAGAAAUUAUAGAACAUUUUGCAUAAUAAACUUUCCCUUUUCAACACUCACAGGAACUGAAACUUCCAGGAAUUUGUUGAAAACGCACAUUUCCUAUUCUUUUAAUGACAUAACCAUAGAGGAACACAUAGUGCUUGUCUAGGCUCUACAUUUAGCUGUUUCACCAUUUUAAGCAAAUGCAGUGAAAUUUAAAAGGAGGGGAGAAGAAAUGGGAGAGUUUCUCUAGAAAAACUGGGACAGCAGUCAUUCCUUGUUUGGCUGACGCUUGAGAGCACCGAGCGAGAGAAGUGUCAACAUAUUCAAAUUGCAACAUUUACAAGUGGUCCUCACACGGAGGAGCGCAGCGGGCAUGAAAAGGUUGGUUUCUGCAGAGAUCUGCUGAAGAGCCCCAGCAGGCGCUGCAAGUGUUGUGCUGCAUUUUAACAUGUUUUCUAGAGUUCAAACAGCAGGAAAUACACUGCAGCCAGUCUGCCAGAAGAAAUAACAACAUCGUGUGAAUCUUUCUGCCCAUGACAAGCAGUCUAAGUUUCAGCUUCAAGGAGGACACGAGAAAACUGGGAAAAGCAAGUGCAGUGUCAGCAGAGAGAGGAAUGACACGAGUUAUGAGUCAGCAUGCACAUGCAGUUAAUGUUUUUACCCACAGGGUGCAGGAGUCAUCAUUAUUCAAAUGUCAGCUCCAUCUUCUGCUCCCUGUUUGACUUCCCAUGUCCUCUUAUUAUUGAUGCGACUAGUCAGUUCUGACAUAAAGUGAAGGUAUUUUUUGUGUAUGUAGGUACAGUCUGGUUGGUUUGAACUGUGGCUGAUUCAUUCAGGCCCCGGGUCGGCCCAGGCUCGAAUCCGGAACCAUCUUGCUGUGAGGUGACAGCACUAACCGCCGCGCUGCUACAACAGUAGAUGGUACUGCAAAAUAAAGACUGCUUAUCUUUUUUUUAAAACUCAUACCCCUAUGUUUUAUUUCAGAGCACUAACAAGUACUAGCUAUAAUCCUUCUUAAGUCUACAUUUCAAAACCAUUUAAGCCUUUAGAGACUGUGAGAAACACACUUCUAUUCUUGUGAGAACAAGAAUAGCACUUUAUCCUGUGUCAUCUGAAUAUGUUUUUGCUGAGGUAUCUCCCUCAUAAUGACUGAUGUCGUAUUCAGCAAUACUUCACCAGCAACUCAUCUUCAUGUCACAGUGGAGCUCUUCAGUCUAAUGGAUUACAAUCUGUUGGUUUGUCCUUGUUCGCUGGGUGUUUCUAAAGACUGAUGGUGAAAAAUGAAUUACGCAGCAGCAUAAACAAUACGCUCAUCCUGGAGAAAAAUAUGUCAGAGCAGAACUGGAUUUAUGAGCUUGCCCAUGUAAACAUUUUGCAAUGUUGCUUUGUGCCCAGUUUUAUGUAGCAUCACAUGUUCACAGCUUUGAAAUUUCAAAAUUUUAAGUAUGAUUGGAUGUUUCCUGAGUCCAAAGUCACUGGUUGGCCACAUACCUCA